AUGAAAUCGACAUAUUCUUUAUUUUUAAUAUUAUCAACAAUACUUUUGUAUUUUACAAUCUCUACUAAAUCAAUUGAUGUAGAUAUUUCAACAUUCCUUGAAAAUGAUUUUGAUGAUGCAUCAUCCGAUUUAACACGUAACAUUACAGAAUUAAUUCAAGCAAGAGGUUACCCAGUUGAAGAUCAUACUGCAAUUACUGCCGAUGGUUAUAUUCUUUCAAUUCAACGUAUUCCAGCAGGUAGAUAUGCAUCAAAUCCAAAUCCAAAUGGAAAGAAUGGUAAACCAGCAGUUAUAUUACAACAUGGUGUUGAAGAUAUUGGUACAUCAUGGGUAAAUCAAUUAAAUGUUUAUCAAAGUUUAGGUUUCAUUUUAGCUGAUGCUGGUUUUGAUGUUUGGAUCAAUAAUGUUAGAGGUACUAGAUAUAGUAAUUCAAGUAUUGAUUUAGACCCAUCUGAAAGACCUUUUUGGCAAUUUUCAUAUGAUCAAAUGGCAGAAUUUGAUUUACCAUGUGUAAUUGACUAUGUUUUAGAAGUUACAGGUAAUAGUAAAGUUGGAUAUGUUGGACAUAGUCAAGGUACAACAAUGGGAUUCAUCGGAUUCGUUAAUCAAACUGUUGCUGAAAAGAUUAACCUUUUCGUUGCAUUAGCACCAGUUGUUAGAGUCACUCAUUGUCAAAGUCAACUUUUAAAUAUUUUAGCAGAAUUCAAUAUCGAUAUUUUAUUCGAAGUUUUAGGUGAUAAAGCAUUUUUAGCUGAUACUCCUUUCCUUCAAAAAUAUUUACCAAUAAUUUGUAAAAAUGAACCAUCAGUUUGUGAAAAUUCAUUAGCAUUAAUUAUGGGAUGGGAUACAGCAAAUAUUAAUGAAACUCGUUUACCAGUUUAUAUGGCAAAUGAACCAGGUGGUACAAGUGUUCAAAAUGUUGUUCAUUGGGCACAAGCUACUAAAUAUGGUUAUCAAAAGUUUGAUUAUGGUUUAAUUGGUAAUCUUCAACACUAUGGCCAAUCAACCCCACCAAAAUAUGAUAUAACUCAAUUCAAUACACCUGUUAUUGCAUUCUCUGGUGGUCAAGAUUUUUUAGCUGAUCCUGAUGAUGUAGCAUGGUUAAUUCCACAAUUAAAAUCUUUAGUUUAUUAUAAAAAUUUACCAACUUAUUCUCAUCUUGAUUUUGUUUGGGGUGAAACUGCAUAUAUCGAUGUAUAUGCUGAUGUUGUUACUUAUUUAACAAAAUACUCUACUGUAAAUUAA